UAUGCGGGUUGUAAGCUACAUACUUCAUUGAAAGCUCAUUGAAGAGUACAUCCUUCCACGGCUUGCGGCGCAGACCGCGUCCGGGUUACCAAACAGCUGGCGACUCCGAUGCAUUCGGCGGCUCUGCACAUCAAGCUGGCCCCUUUGGGUCUUGGCUCAGCUGUAUCAACAAUGACGUCACCACCCGCGAGCUUUGCCGUGCUCGUUCCUACGUCCAUUGCCUCUUCCCUAUAUCACCUUGGUAUUCAUUUCUUGUCCCUAACCUAUCAAAUUGAUGUCCUCCACGGCACUCUGUGGCUAAAGAGGUGCGCAAAGACUGCUAAAUGGCUUAAACCACGCGAAUGGCCUUUGCGAUCGCGAGUUGACACAACCACCAGAACUCCUACUGGAUCUGCACCCUGUUUGACAGGAACUCUUCAACACGCGCCUUAUAGGCGCCUAUUUUUGGAUCGAUUGGUUCGCUCAGCCUAUUUGACGUUCUGCAACCGCAAGUCAAAACGCGCCGCCCCUGUCGCGUUACCUCGAUGUUAGCUCACGAUGUAAGUUAGGGGUCUUCAGAAGUUGUUCCUAGUGAACGAGAUGCAUUCAGCCAUGUUGAAGGAGAGUCUCUCAGAUGUGAGAAUGGAACAUGGGAUAGUAUGAUAAG